AUGACAGAUCCUACUCUCUAUUCGGAUAAAUUUAUAACCGUAACUUCGAAAAAUUUAAUCAUUAAAAAUUAUUAUUUCCCAUUUGCUGGUUCGUUAACUAUUCCACUAACAGAAAUCGAUUCAGUUGAUAAUGCAGAAGAUUUAAAUCUUUGGAUGUUAUCGAUGAAAGAAUGGGGAAUGGGAUUGUCAAAUAUUUGGUUCGCUUUAGAUUUUACACGCAGUUUUUUACCUAAAGACAAAAUCGGUAUUGUUACAGUGAAAAAUGGUUGGAUCAGAAAAGGGUUUUCUGUGAAAGAUGUCGCAGGUAUUGAUACUUUAAAAAGUGCUUGGAGGGAUAAUGCAGAUAAUCAAUAA